GAAGGAGGAGACCCGGACAGGCCAGUUUACUUUUUCACCGUGGAAACCAUCGCGCGCGCGCCUCCGCCGUUCAGCCAGUGUGCCGCGCGCGGGCUCUCGCGCACGCUAACCGGCGCUCACUUCUAGCAGUUUGCUAGAAGGCUGGAAAGCGGUCCUUGGAAAACUAUACAUAUAUAUUUUAUAUAUACGUAUUUGGAUGGUUUUUAUGUUUCUUUCUCGCUGGUUGUCUUCGACUCACCCUGCGCGACUUAUCGGUGAACCGAGAACUUGUCCAUUUCCGUGUGUACAACCGUAUUCAGAUGCGAGGAUGUGCUUUCCCACAUGAGGGUUUAGAGCCGUGCCAUGGUUUCGACCCGGGGUCUCCUCGUGAAAAUGAGACGCUGUUCUUCUAUGGGUACAUGAAUCUGAAUUCCAGCGGCCAGAUGCCUGUGAUGGAGGAAGUCGAUACCAGUGAGAGCAACGGCAUGGCAAAGAGAGUUGCUCUCAUCAGCUUCCUGUCAUUGGUCAUGCUCAUGAGCGUCCUGGGGAACCUACUGGUCAUGGUGGCCGUCUGCAAGGACCGGCAACUCAGGAAAAUUAAGACCAAUUACUUCAUAGUGUCGCUGGCCUUUGCUGACCUGCUGGUAUCAGUACUAGUGAUGCCGUUUGGGGCCAUCGAGCUAAUCAAUCAGAACUGGAUCUAUGGCGAGACGUUCUGCCUGGUGCGCACCUCGCUUGACGUGCUACUUACCACUGCCUCCAUCCUGCACCUGUGCUGCAUAUCUCUGGACAGGUACUAUGCCAUCUGUUGUCAGCCUCUGGUCUACAGGAACAAGAUGACACCACUGAGAGUUGCUCUUAUGAUAGGAGGAUGCUGGACUAUUCCAACAGUUAUAUCCUUUCUACCAAUUAUGCAAGGCUGGAACAGUAUUGGAAUAAAUCAUUUGAUAAAUGAACGGAAGGUCAGUGGCAACUCCACGGAGUGUGUGUUCAUGGUGAACAAGCCAUAUGCACUCACCUGCUCUGUGGUCGCCUUUUACAUCCCACUGGGCCUGAUGGUGCUCGCCUACCAACGAAUCUAUGUAACAGCACGUGAGCACGCCCGUCAGAUCAGCAUGCUGCAAAGGGCAGGUGGAGCAGGCUCCGGCCCUGAGAGUGCUGAACACCAGCGCAACCAUCGCAUGCGCACUGAGACCAAGGCGGCAAAGACUCUGUGCAUCAUCAUGGGCUGCUUUUGCCUGUGCUGGGCUCCAUUCUUCAUCACCAACGUGGUGGACCCUUUCAUAAACUACUCAGUGCCCGAGCAGCUGUGGGUAGCAUGCCUGUGGCUGGGUUACAUCAACUCCAUGCUCAACCCUAUCCUCUAUGCCUUCCUCAACAAGUCCUUCCGCCGUGCCUUCCUCAUCAUCCUCUGCUGCGGCCACCAGCGCUACAGGCGGCCCUCCAUCCUUGCACCUAGAACACCCUGCACAGCCACACAGAUCAACGGUUCCACACACGUGCUCAAGUACUCAGUUCUGCACAAUGGAAACAAUGGCGAACAGGAAAAACUGACAGUGCAUAAUGACACAGAGUCGCAGGAAUCCUGCUUUUGACCACACUUCAUCAGGACAGAAACUGGAAGGAGCCAUCGCUCACCAUCAGCCCCAUCACACCUGUAGCGCAAACUCACACAAGGGGGGGGUGGGGGAGGGUUUGUCCAGGGACAGAUUACUGGGUGGUGGACGGAGCUGAGUUUUACGCUCCAGAAUGUUGUGAACAAUGUUGCCAAAGGUAUUUGAUUUGUAUUUAAUGAUGUAAUUAUUUCUUAUGGUUAAUGACCAGAUCCGUUACAGAUUUCUGCUUGUUGACUAUUAUUAAUCAUAAAGGAUGAUUUUACAAGCAU